AUGGAAGAAAUUUGGAAGGACAUUCCUAAUCUCUCCUCUCUUGGAAAUCCAAACAAUACUUUUGAUGGUGUGAAGCUCCAAGAAUCAGCCUUUCUGAAUCCCAACUACAACCUCAACCCUGUCUUGCUCCCUGCAUCUAACAAUGUUGUGUUGUUGACACCACAACCAAACUCAUUUUCAUCAUCAUCAUGUCAUCAACCAAUGACGCUGGAAUUGUGCAUGCAGAGUAGUGGUAGUAGUGCGAGGAGGAAAAGAUUUUCAAUAUCUCGUGAAAAUGAUGAUCAAAACAACAUUUCCAGUUCCUCCCCAACUCAUCGCUGUAACCAGCGUCUGAUCAAGAACCGGGAGUCCGCUGCUCGCUCAAGGGAUCGAAAACAGGCAUAUACAGCUCAGCUGGUACAGCAACUCCAAACCUUAAAAGCUGAAAAUGCCAAGCUAAAAAUGAAGCAACAGUUACAUGAGGCAGCUCAAGCUCUAAAGAAGCACACUCUAAAACGCUCAGCAAGUUGUCCAUUUUGA